AUGAGAAUCCGUGUGGACAACUCAGCACGGACCCAUUCUCUUUUCGUCUCUACCCACUCUUGUCGUUCUCAACCUCGACGACGACGACGACGCUGUCUGUCAGGCCCCCGACGCCGUCCUCCACGACCACCAGCAGGUAGCCCCGCCGAGCUCGUACCCACGACGCCCGUCGCACGUCGCUCUAUCGCCCCCAUCGCCCCCGACCAGCCUGCCCGUCGAGGCCGUCCCCGCCCAAUGUCAGAGGACAGAGGAUCACGGCCCCACAGGAAGCUCUAUGUCGCCAAUCCCGGCUCAGACUCGGACGAGCGCGAGAACCCCCUCCGCCCCAAAUACCCUCCUUACCACCGACCGCCCCCCGCACCCACCUACUCCUACAACCGGCCCUCCACCUCCCAGCCGUCCUAUCUCACCACAGAGAACAUCCUCCCCGUCACCAGCAAUGGCUCCCACUAUCAGCAGUCCUACCCUCCAUUAUCUCCAGACAGUGCAGGAUCUCCUGCUGCCGAGUCGUCCACUCCACCACCCUCCACCCCGGGCCUACAUGCCCCCUCUCCCUCUGUCGAGCUCCAGACACGAGUAGAAAGUCCGUCAAAAGUUUUGUCUCCACCCGACCUGAACUACUAUGAGCGCACCUCCAAAGAAACCUCCCGCAAGAGCAAAUUCCAGGCUCUGAUCAAGGCACCUUUCGGUGGCCGGCCACGACCCCCCGACAGCAAUUCCUCCCGGCGUCAUCGUACUUCCCCCACCGCAGCAACCCCAGAUUCCUACACAUCCCCGUCAAGUGCCUCUUCAACCAUCAUCUUUGUUACAGCCGAUUCAGAGCGUUAUGUUACUGUUAGCAUUAGUAGUGCGAAGACUGCGGCGCAAAUAAGGGAGUUGAUUUUGACCAAGCUCAAUCUUUUCCACGAAGACGAGCUCCAUCCAUAUUCCAUUUAUCAAACUGAGAUCGGCUCUUUCGCGAUCGGAGAGCCCUUGAGCAACGAUAGGCUAUGGGCACUUUGUCGUGAUCAUAGUGAUUCCAAGGGGUCCCUCAAAUUCUUUGUCUCAAUAGCGUCUUCGACCGUCCAUGAACCCCCUCCUCCAGCGCCGCCUAUGGAAUACAGUUCCUCUCCUCCCGUUCUUCCGCCUCUCGCCAACAUAAACCCUCUGAGGGUGAAACGACGGUCUCGCUCGAGGAAUGGUAGUAUCUCCUCCAUGAGUGACAACGUGCCCUUGGACAUCGGUUAUGACGCUGACCUCGAUAACCCGGAUCGCGACCAAAAUAAGUCGACUCCUCGCCUACCUGUGCACCAGACGGCAACAAUACUUCCAUCGUCAUCAGCGCCAGCAGGUCACCCACCAUCUCCUCGUCGACGACCGAGCGUGGUUCAACACCCGCGUCCAGCUUCUCCCCUUAUCCAAUCUCCAGAACAAGCCACGCCUCCGGGUCAACCAUCAGAACGGGCAUGGUUGCAGAGAAAAGAAGACGGGUUUGGCAUUGGGCACGGACUUCCGCCAGUUCCUGCAACGGUAGCCCCACCACCGCCAUUGUCGCCUAAUCGCCCCUCGUUUUCGUCAUACGAGGAUGCAUCUGGUUUGGCAGUCCCCUACAGUCGUCUUCUUCAUGUUCGCUCAGGGUCCGACGCUGGUGCUGAGCGGGAAAUGGCCUUGAGAGCGUCUGAGGUACAUGCUGAUGCCGUGACGAAACAGCUUCGACGAGAUAGCCCAUCCUCUGGGAAACUGCGUGCAGAGCCGUCUCGUGACAAUCUAAGAGAUAGGCUAGGGAGGAAGGUCUUCGAUGAAGACGACCCAUCUUGGGAACCCGUCCCGACUCCGACUGCCAGUGGCACGCGUUUGGCUGACGACUUAGAUCGCGUCCCUACAACACUUUCUCGGAGCACGAGAGUACCAACUGUCACUCGGCAUCGCCCAACUUUUCCUCCUCGCCCUGCAGCUUCUCAACUGGCACCGAGUAUGCAAGACUCUCGCCCGGCAACCCAACCGCGGUCUGGUCGUCAACCUAUUCCAACCAACUACUUUGUUACCUGGAAAGGAGAGGAAGGCGGUCGGAGAGCUUCUCCUGCCUCGCCAUCUACUUGGGGAUCAUCUAGUAGACUUGCGAAGACCUCGACCAAGAGUAUGGAUAACCUCAAGCUUUCAAGCUCCUCAUCUUCAACAAGUCGUCGAAACGCACAGCUGCCGAUGACACGACAAACUGGGAAUAUGCCUUAUUCACCGAGCGGGCUUACUCUUUCUGGGGUGCCAAAAUCAUACGACCCGCCGCGAGGCAGCUCGUUUGCGAAGCCACUUCCCGCCCAAGCGUCACCACACGGAACCUCGCCCGAUUUUGGCCAAAGCGUGUCAAGCCAAUACGUGUCUCGAGGGGGCACAUACUCAUCCAACCUUAUGUCCCCGAGCCAGGACCCAAUCCCGCGGCCACAGUCUGCUACAGGAGAUGCUGUCACAUCGCCAACGUCUCGCGGGUAUCCACGACUGCAAUCUCCUCAUCAAUACGGGUCUACUCUGGAUUCUGGAGAGUCAAAUCGUUCUCCUCGUGCGAUCUCUCCAAGCAAGAGCUAUCAUUCUGCUAGCAUGGGGGUUCAUAGCCCUCGUGGUCCUCGACCUACGAACUCCAGUGAUCGCUCAGACCGUUCAGAUAUCCAAAGUGGACCAGAAACGUCGAACACUACGCCUCCUCGAACACCGAUCAGCCCUCAAAGUCUAAGUUAUGAUUCAUCUCAGAAGAAUGUCGCAGACUCGCCGCCACCGUCGUCUCCUGACCAACACAUUAUGAUCAACAAUCGGGAGCCAGAGAUGACGCUGAAAUUGGAAGACCAGUUACAUUUCUCCAAGAUAAUUGGUACUGGUUCCCAAGGCACUCUUGUUUCUCGGACACAGCCACCUACGACGUUGACACGACAGCUUACCCCACCGCCUGCAUUGACCAACCAGAACUCGACGGGUUCCUAUGGGGCGGACGACGACGAUGAUGAUGAUGACGAUUCGGAUGCGGGUGGAGGUACUUGGAUCGUCAGGCCAGAAAAUAAACCGGUGUCGUCGCCUCGACCUCCCCUUAAGGUUCAAAUCGAGGAUUCGACCUAUUCUCGCACAGCUGAAAGCAUAGGCAGAAAGCCUGACCCGCCACCCAAAGACUUUGCUCCCUCCAGCUAUCGCCCACCUCCAGAACCUGUGGCCAGCCGGCCUGCACCGAAGCGUCCCGAAAGACCGGAAAGCACUUUCAUUGAAGCUGGCGAUGAGAGUUGGGCACCUCGUCCUCCUGCGGAGAACAUUUACGAACACCUUGAGCGAUUCUUCCCUAAACAUGACCUUGACAAGCCAGUCAUCGAAUCGUCGUCUGGCGACAUUUCACCCACCGCCCUAGAGCCAGCAGCAGCUUUGCCUCCUCCGGCCCCUGUAAACGACGAAAAGGCAAGGAUUAGGGCCAAGAAAUCCAUUCGCUACGUCGCUCAGGAGCACAAGAAGAAGAUCGAUCGCACGUCUAGGGCUGCUGAAGCGCCUUCGUAUGCCAACAACAUGCUGCGCAAGCGGAACACUAAGCUCUGGGGUAGCCGAUUGGAGGAAGUUACGACAGGUCAAGUGCGGACCAAUGGCAGCUCAACAAUACCGGAAUCACCGUCUGGUGGCCCUACAACAUUCAAGUGGGUACGCGGCGAGUUGAUUGGCAAGGGAACUUAUGGACGCGUAUACCUUGCUCUUAAUGCAACGACUGGAGAGAUGAUCGCCGUCAAACAAGUUGAGCUCCCGCAAACUGCAAGCGAUAAGAACGAUUCGCGGCAGCACACCGUCGUGCAGGCAUUGAAAAUGGAGAGCGAGACGCUGCGAGACUUGGAUCAUCCCAACAUUGUGCAGUACCUCGGGUUUGAGGAAACCCCUUCAAAUCUCAGCAUUUUCCUGGAAUAUGUGCCGGGCGGAUCGGUUGGAAGCUGCCUCCACAAGCAUGGCAAGUUUGAGGACAAUGUGACGCGUUCAUUCACUAGCCAAAUCUUGAGCGGACUAGAGUACCUCCAUUCCAAAGGAAUUCUCCAUCGAGAUCUCAAGGCGGAUAAUAUCCUCGUUGAGAUGUCGGGCGUUUGCAAAAUAUCCGACUUCGGGAUAUCGAAACGUACGGAGGACAUGCAUGGAGGGGCUUUCACUGCCAUGCAAGGCACCGUAUUCUGGAUGGCCCCGGAGGUUAUCAACACACAGAAGGGUGGCUACAACUUCAAGAUCGAUAUUUGGAGUGUAGGCUGUGUUGUGCUUGAGAUGUGGCAAGGUGGAAGACCAUGGAUGGGUGAAGAGCCUGUUGCAGUUAUGUUCAAGCUGUACCAAACAAAGCAACCGCCUCCUGUCAACGAAGACGUCCACCUGUCCGAGGAAGCGGAUGACUUCAGAAGGAAAUGCUUCGCGAUCAAUCCCGAAGAGCGGCCGAGUGCCGCAGAGCUUCGAAAACAUCCCUAUCUCACACUCCCACCGGGUUGGGUUUUCACUGGAUUUACCUAA